CGGGCAACCAGCCCACACCACGAGUGUGAGUACCUGCAGAUGAUCGACAUACAGCGUCAGCAGUGCCUGGAGGAGGCCCAGCUGGAGAAUGAAACCACAGGCUGCGGCAAGAUGUGGGACAACCUCACCUGCUGGCCGACGACCCCUUGGGGCCAGGUAGUAGUCCUGGACUGCCCCCUCAUCUUCCAGCUGUUUUCUCCCAUUCAUGGCUAUAACAUCAGUCGUAGCUGCACUGAAGAAGGCUGGUCACAACUGGAGCCCGGCCCCUACCACAUUGCCUGCGGCCUGAGUGACAGGGCGUCUAGUUUGGAUGAGCAACAGACCGAGUUCUACAAUGCCGUGAAGACUGGCUACACCAUCGGCUACAGCUUAUCCCUUGCCAGCCUCCUGGUUGCCAUGGCUAUCUUGAGUCUGUUCAGGAAGCUGCACUGUACCCGAAACUACAUCCACAUGCAUCUCUUCAUGUCCUUCAUCCUGAGGGCCACUGCCGUCUUCAUCAAGGACAUGGCCCUCUUCAACAGCCGAGAGAUGGACCACUGCUCUGAGGCCUCGGUGGGUUGCAAGGCAGCUGUGGUUUUCUUCCAGUAUUGUGUCAUGGCCAACUUCUUCUGGCUGCUGGUAGAAGGCCUCUACCUACACACCUUGCUGGCCGUCUCCUUCUUCUCUGAGCGGAAGUACUUCUGGGGGUACAUACUCAUCGGCUGGGGAGUGCCCAGUAUAUUCAUCAUGAUAUGGACAAUUGUCAGGAUCCAUUUUGAGGAUUUGGGGUGCUGGGACACCAUCAUCAACUCCUCACUGUGGUGGAUCAUAAAGGCCCCCAUCCUCAUCUCCAUCUUGGUGAACUUCGUCCUCUUUAUCUGCAUCAUCCGAAUCCUGGUUCAGAAACUGCGGCCACCCGACAUUGGGAAGAACGACAGUAGCCCAUACUCGAGGCUGGCCAAGUCCACGCUUCUGCUCAUCCCCCUGUUUGGAGUUCACUAUGUCAUGUUUGCCUUCUUCCCCGACAACUUUAAGGCCCAGGUGAAAAUGGUCUUCGAACUUGUCGUGGGGUCUUUCCAGGGUUUUGUGGUGGCCAUCCUCUACUGCUUCCUCAAUGGCGAGGUGCAGGCGGAGCUGCGGCGGAAGUGGCGGCGUUGGCAUCUGCAGGGCGUCCUGGGCUGGAGCUCCAAAUCCCAGCAUCCGUGGGGCGGCAGCAACGGCGCCACGUGCAGCACGCAGGUAUCCAUGCUGACCCGCGUCAGCCCGAGCGCGCGCCGCUCCUCCAGCUUCCAAGCGGAGGUCUCCCUGGUCUGACCGCCAGAGGCCGCCAGGCCCCUUCAUACCCUACCCACGCCGGCCCCUGGAGAAGAGGUCUGAAGCUACGCCGCUGGCUCCAGCCUUUCGAAGGAACACACUCCUUUGCUGCAGCCAGAACCGGGUCCAUGCUAGCUAGAGAGCAGAGAGGUCUAACCCUGGAGGAUGCAAGGAGGACCCAGCAUCAGACUCCGCCUUCCAGGGCCGCUCUGCCAGUCAUGCGCACAAACUCUGCAUACACCUCCUGGAAAGCAACCGCCUGCCCUCAAAGCUUUGGAACUUGAGGACAAAGGGUUCCGCCCUACCGGUGCCUAGAAUUCCACUGGGGCGCUCAAGUCGCUUUGGGUUAAUUGUUACCCGCGAGACUCCUCUCUGAGGAUGCAGCCCCCUCCCUGCGUUUAUCUGCCAGCUCUUCGGGUGGGUGAGUUCUUCUACCUCAGGCAGAUACGGUUGUGACCUGGAGUUUCAGUUAGGGGAUCACAGCUGUGUUGGUGGUCCUCCCUCAGGAUAGAAUUGUCCCAGUGUAUCGUCAGACCUGGGAGCUCAGGGACCUACCUCUGGAGAGGGAGAAGACAGCCUCAGCCAGUGCUCACCAAGUGGCUUUGUGUAUCAAACGGGAUCAGUCCCACUAGCCUUAUGCACAACCAAAGCAAUAGCGAGCUGCCACUCUGGGCUCUCGUCUACACACCAACGACUGCUGCAGGGGUCAGAGGCAUGAACACACGGGCCCCUUGAUCCUGAGGUCAUCCUGACAUCUCCGGUAGUGACACCGAGUCUCAGUGAGAGCAGGUAUUCUUUCCUGUCGCUAAAGACUUUUUUUUUUUUUACAUAUUGUGAUCUGCUGGAUUCUCUUGGGGUUGUAUUACCACAGAUGCUAUUGCCUCCCCCCCCCCACCCCCUAGUCUCCAGUUCCUGUGGAGAGUGAUCAUGUCUUUGACAUAAAAGCCUGAGGGUCAAGGCAUCUUAUGCCUCUCUCCACCCUUAUAGCAAUAUGUCUUCUAAUCCAAACUGGUGUCAGCAGGCCCCCUCUCAGAGCUGCACCCGGCUUGUAUAACAAUAAAUGUUGGCUCUAACAGGCUUAGUUUCCCUGGCCACUGUGGGUCUCCUGCUUCUAAGCAGGUGUGUCACCUCUGCUCUGGUGAGAGAUGACCUACUAAAGCUACUACCCUUCUGUCUUUGGACAAAGGCUUUCCAUUUCCACCUGAAGUCUUAAUCCCAAGAGCCUUUGAUUCACAUGUGAGUGUGAAGAGGUUGUGACAGGGGUCCCCGUUGUGACCCUCUCUCCCCUAAACCCAUCUGGAAGGAGACAGAGUCUGCCUCAGACAGAAUCAAAAUAGCCGACAGAGCUGUCACAAACAGCAAGGGUUCCGGAGCAUUCCUGAAAACACAGCAAACAGGAAAUGCAGCAGCCAGGUCGCUGCUGCCUGCGAACCAACCAAGAGGAUCUGAUCAGUGGAGAUUUCCCAGCACAAGUCAGUGAGGAGAGGCCGUGUGGCUAACGGAAAGGAGCAGACACAGCAGUGGGGCAAACUAGGUGACACUGGUCGUCGGUUGGUGAGAGAUAGCUAGCUCCCAAGGGUUUGUGCAAACACACUUGUGUAAACUUGUGGCGUUGUGUUGUCUUACUGGUGAGGCCAGAAGUGAAUGUCAGGCUGGUGUAAAAAAAGAAAAAAAAGCCAGAAUGGGCUAGCAGAAACUCAGAUCUGCCUGCAACACCCAUUCAAAGGCUGCUGCCCCCAGUACCAACCCCGCACUAAAUGAAUGGGAACGAGAUUCCCCCAGUAGUGCUGUGUUGUGGCACCAGGGUAAAGCACAGGGCCCUGGGAGGGGGAGCAGUUACCAGUCAAGAGGACAACAUGAGUAAAAAUCAAAGUGUGUUCAAAAGAGGAGGGCAGAAUUAGGAGGUGAGAGGGUCAGGGGAGGGCAUUCUGUGAGAGAGAGAGACUGGGAGGCUGAGAUGAAGUGCUAAUAAAACUUGUGCUGGCAUUCUAGAUUAGUGGCAGCCAUGGGGCUUCCAGGCUGGGUUAUCACAAUCCCUUCUUCCUCUGCCAACACCUAGGUCCUUCUGGCCCUUGCCAGGCACCUGUCUAGCCAGGCGAACUCAUCUCUAUCGCCACCUGGUGGACACUUCAAAGACUUGACCAACUUUGGCCAUCUUAGGGCUUCUUCUAGGGUCUCACACGGGGAGACAACCAACAUAGGAAGCAGGGCUCCAUAUGGAACCCAGACCCUGGUGGCUCCUUAAAACUGAAGCUACCCACAGUCUGCAGGGGCAAAGGCCAGUUAGCUGAAGUGAGUAUGGACAGGGAGCUGUAGCCCAUCUGUUCUGUGCUAGCACAGAACGGCUCUGAGGGGUUUGAGGGCUAGGAGAGAGGUCUUAGCCCAAGGGAAUGUGUUGGGUGUCAGGGACAACCGAGUUUGGCUGAGCAGACGUUAGGGGCACUUGCCAGUAGAGACAAAAAGAAGGUCUAUCAGAUGAGACUGAGAGAUGGGGAGGGGUUAACACAGAGAAGGACCCAGGUCUGGAAAGGGUGGCAGGCCAUCAACAGGAAUGGCCAGGCCAUCAACAGGAUUGGGAGGAGGUCAGUCGGAGAGACAAUGGCCUGGUUUGGGACAUGCUGAAUGUUACAUCUGCAGGGUAUCUGAGAAGAGCCCCUCUAAGGCUGUUAGAAAAGGGAUAGAAGGCGGGAAGACCAAGGCAGCCCCUUUGGAAGGGACAGUGAGUGUUUGGGCAAGUCCCCAGGCACCCCCUGGGGUGUGCUGGGCACAGCUGGAAGAGGGGGCUGACUCCGCCCCUCCAUCCUAGCUGCCCAUGGGGUCUGUUUUAAUGAGCAGUGGCCAGCUUCCCUACCCCCAUGUGGGAACAGGAACAGCUCUUAUCUCUCUGGGGGAAGGGGCGGAGCCACAGCUGGCAGUCAUUAAACACCCUGCUCUAGGCAGGGAUGGUCAAGAUAUUAAUAGCCCCGGGAGUCUAUGGCCCUGAAGACUCAGCCUCCCAGGAAAAGGACAGAGCAACCGCAGCAGACCAGAGGGAUGCAUCAGGAGGCCAACUUGGCAAUGCCCCAGCCUCCACACGAGGCAGAUGGGAUAACCAGAAAGUAGAGAAGGAAAGUUAUUGUAGAGGCAGAUGUUGAACCCAGCUUUCCAAAUCCCCUGGUCAUGCCUCAGAUAGUCUAUAUAUUGUUAAAGAUGGGGGGCUGUGCCCUACCUGGAGACACAAAAAGAGUUGAUCCGGUUAACAAUCCUGAUUCCUUCUUGACAUAUUGUUUAUCUUGUAUUUUUGCAUUAAUUUUGAUAU